UUUUUUUAUUCAAAGACGGCAUGAAGAGGCACGAAUGCAAGACGAGUUACGAAGGCAAGAAGAAAUUCGAUUACAGGAAGAUUUGUUGCGACGUCAGCAUGAAGAACUUAUGAGAAGAAGACAACAAGAGGUAAGCCUCACCAAAAAUUGUCAUAGAGGAAUAUCAUUAGUGUAAAGUUUCACUUUACACUAUUGUGAUGGUGGCAAAAAUUCACACUUAUCAGUCGGUCGGUCGGUCAGUCAGACAGACAUGCAUGCAUAGAGUAAACUAUCCGGGGGGUGUAUACGAUUUAUGUUCGUAGUAAUUUUAUUGUAUAACUCUCAAAACAACGAUGCUUUAAUCAAAGAGCUUAAAUUCGCUCUGAAAUCCGUGAGGGAAUAACAAAAUUCGCCCAAAAUAUAUCCGCGUGCCGGGUUUGCUGGACAAAAAGCGGAAGUCGUUGAACAACUCAAAAUACACUUAACCCUGAUUGGACAACGAAAAUCAACAAACAUUUCAAAUUUUUCUCCACUGGCACUGGGAAGGGGGACAGUACUUGGAACAGUACUGUAAUAAUUUGAUUAUUUGAAUCAAAACAAUUCACAAACGUUGUUAUACUGACUAAACUUCUUAAAUUUAAAUAUUUAGAUUUGCACUGGUUUCCCCCCGACAACAUUUGUUAAUUGUUUUGAUUCAAAUUUAUAUUACAUUACUGACUACAGAAAUUUGAAAUGUUUGUUGAUUUUCGUUGUCCAAUCAGGGUUGAGUGUAUUUUGAGUUGUUCAACGACUUCCGCUUUUUGUCCAGCAAACCCGGCACGCGGAUAUAUUUUGGGCGAAUUUUGUUAUUCCCUCACGGAUUUCAGAGCGAAUUUAAGCUCUUUGAUUAAAGCAUCGUUGUUUUGAGAGUUAUACGGUAUCUUGCAGGGGAUAUCGAUUAAUCGUGAAAGAAAUGCAUUAAAGGCGAAAAAUCGAGGAUAGUCUCAAUGUUUCCUUCCUUCCCUCAUUAUAAGGAAGGCACAGGCGGGCGCGGGCAAAUCGAGCCUGGGCAUCUUGUGGUUGAGCGUGCAAAUUUUUCCAUCAUAUUUACGUUUCAAAAACGUUACGUUUUCUUGUUGAUUACGUCACGUUUUGGGUGUGUGAUGUACACUUUUCUUAAAUUUGCGUCAAUCUUUAUAUAUUUAUUUAAAGUGCCUAUGCGACAAUUUUUUUUUAUGAUUGAAUUGCAAAGUUCAUUUAAAAUCAUAAUAUAACUUGUUCUCUAAAACUUUGUAAUCUUUCCUGUAUGUCAAGGUUUUCGACUUUGUUUGAUAUACAAAUGUGACUUAAAUGACGUCACACUGCAUAAUGCGUUUUACAGAAGACUGUGUUGUAGCUUGUUAAAAUUCUCAUUAUCUCAAAUUUACAGACGAAAUGAUCGCUUUGAUAGCUCUUAAAGUAUAUCACUUUUAUUCAGUGGAAUUAUCACAUGUUUGACAAGGAAACGUUUUCUUUCUAAAAACUCCAUUAUGCAGUGUGACGUCAUUCAAGUCACAUUUGUAUAUCAAACAAAGUCGAAAAUCUUGACAUACAAGAAAGAAUACAAAGUUUUAGAAAACAAGUUAUGUUAUGAUUUUAAAUGAACUUUGCAAUUCAAUCAUAAAAAAAAUUGUCGCAUAGGCACUUUAAAAAGUGUACAUUGACACGCCCAAAACGGUGACGUAUUAACAAGAAAAUGUAACGUUUUGAAACUUAAAUAUCGUGAAAAAAUUUGCACGCUCAACGCUUGAUUGCAAAUGGUAGUAAUGUAAACAUGAAACAUGUCACAUUCUUAGUACAGAAACAAAGAAACAAAACUCUACUGCAUUACCAAAAUGCGACAACACACAUACAAGUAUUACCCUUGCCAUCUACUUGUCCAUAUAGUAAUUUUAGUCGAAGUAGAUCGCGCGCACUAAACAUUUACAUGUAACACGGCAAAAGAUGAGAUAGAGAGCGGAGAGCCGUCUAGAAUUCCCGUUAAAAGGUUAGUUCAUUUGACGAGCAAAAAUAGAAAAAGUGGGCGUGUAAUAAAACGGUUUAUUAAGAUCCAGACACACCGACGCGAUUCGACAACGCGACGCGAUUUUUCGAUUUUCACUGACCGAUAACUUUGAUUCUAGUUUAAAUUUUAGUCCGCGUGUUGUGAUCCGAUAUCGUUCACUUUCAUAAAGCAUGUCUUAGAUCUGAAAUAUUUUUACGGGAACUAACACUUUCGAACACGCUGAGUUCAAAUUCGAAAAGUUCCCACUCCGUAGACCCGCAGUUUUUUCACAAAAUGCUAUUUUAUCUUCACUAAUUUCACAACAAAUUUUUUCAUUGUUCAACGAUACGGAUCGAUGACGAUACACGAUUAGGUCACUCAAAAGACCAAUUUCUAUUAACCAUUAUUCCUUUUAACAAAAGAUCGGUUUUGCUCGAAUCAUUUUGAUUUAUGCAAUCUUAUGCGUGUUGGACGUAAACAACAUAUCUUGUCUACAACUUUGAGAAGGUACAGAUAACACUUUCUAAAAUCGUCAGUUCUAGAGAUAUUUCUAUAAAACCACAAGGACAUUAAUGCGAAGUCUUUUAGCUAUGUCACUGGCCUGAAAAAUAACUCUUUUAACGCGAUCAAGUUAUUUAAAACAAAAGUAACGCGAAGCCAACGUAACGGCAAAGACAGUGCUAACAUGAAAUAUUGUCGAAUGGUUGCUGCUAGAAGACUUAGGACAGGAUCAAUCUUAAAUAACCUUAAACUAUGAGAAUAAAUGUUCACAUCAAAGACAAAGAUCAGUCCAAAAGUAUAAAAUAUGCUCUGUAAACUUACCACAAAGUGGAGAAAUGUGUGCAUGAGCUGUUUAUUUGAUGAUUUCAACGUAUAUAGAAGCCCUCUUUCCAAUAAUAUUCGCUUAUUACACAGUAUAACACCAACUGAUGUAAUAGUUCAAAUGCAAUGAUAAUUUAAUCUUGAAUUACGUCUCGGAAACCGUGUUGGAAAUUUCAAUGCUGAUCCAUUACAUACAGAUUACCGUUUUAUAUCUUUGUAUAAAACAUUUUGAUCGCAUGUAAGGAAUUAUAUCUCAUCCCAGAGACAUAGCCCAAAGACUUGACAUUAACGUCCUUGUGAUUUUAUAGAGAUAGAUCCAGGACUAAGGAUUUUAGAAGGAAUUAUCUGUACCUUCUCAAAGUUGUAGACAAGAUAUGUUGUUUACGUCCAACACGCAUAAGAUUGCAUAACUCACAAUGAUUCGAGCAAAACCGGUCUUUUGUUUAAAGGAAGAAUGGUUAAUAGAAAUUGGUCCUUUUGAGUGACAUAAUCGUGUAUCGUCAUCGAUCCGUGUCGUUGAACAAUGUAAAAAAUUGCUGUGAAAUUAGUUAAGAUAAAAUAGCAUUUUGUGAAAAAAACUGCCGGUCUACGGAGUGGGAACUUUUCGGAUUUGAAAUCAGCGUGUUCGAAAGUGUUAGUUCCCGUAAAAGUAUUUCAGAUCUAAGACAUGCUUAAUGAAAAUCGUUUUCUAGGCACUUUUCAAGGUCCCAACACACGGACUAUUUUCCAAAUAUUUAGAAGCGGUAUAACAUUUUGAGUUAUUUGGUCCACAUAUCUUUCAAAAUUUGCUCUUAUUGGCUGUUUUAUUAACUUUCAAAAACUAAAAAAUCGCGUCGCGUUGUCGGGUUUUUAAUCACUGUACAAAAUUUCAGACAAUUUGCUUUAGUUUAAGCCCCUUUAACUAUCAUGUUUUCCUAAAAAAAUCGGCCUUUUGCAUCCUUAAUAUUAAUUAUGCUGCAGUAUGCAAAUUAGGCAAAUGCAUUAAUUAAGCAUGCAAAGGCUUUUAGGAAAAAAUGUAAGUUUGCGUGAAUAGCUGAAGGGCUUAAACUGACGCAAAUUGUCUGAAAUUUCGUGCAGCAAUUAAAAACCCAAAGCCAUUUUUAGUUUGUUGGAAAAGACCCCUCCCCCUCCCGGUUUAUAAAAUUUGAGUUGGAGAAUUUUUUCUCAUUCUAUAUUAUAAAACCUGGUUCGGACUAGCAAUUUUGUCGGCGAUUUUGUGUUUCUGACGGGUGCAAAUGGUGAACUCGCACACAGAGGUAUAGAGUCGCUUUUCAGAAGAAGUAAACAAUUCUAAAUCUUUUGCAUGUCAUUCCAUUCUAUCGCGUUACAUUAUGAACAUUCAACAAGUUCUUUUUGAAAAACCAGAUAUAUUUUGUUGUUUUUUAACAAGUGAAUUUAUCGCAUCAUACGUCCGAAAACGCAAAAGCUGCAGGUAUUGUUCACGAGUUAAAUACUUUGGUUUCUAUUUGAUUUAAUUGACUUUCUAAGCUGAUUGGUAUUAAUAAGCAUAUCAGAGUUUUCAUUGGUUAAAUUCAAUGUUGUUUACGACUGUGUUCUAUGUUCCUACUCAUUUCUUCAUUUUAAAGCCUUGUUGUUGUACUUCAGUUUUUGUGCUGAGAAUUUGUCUUUUGGCCAGAAAUAGAAGCAGAAUCGGAGUAGUCAACAAUGCUUGCAGUUCUGUUGCUAAAAAUUAUUUUACUCGUCAAAGGACAGGGCUGUGCCACUCAAUGGGUUAUAAAGCGCUUAUUUUCAAUGUCAAAGAGUGGUGCAUUUUUUAAGCUUUGGCACGUCCAAAUUUCCAUGAUAUAAAACAGAAAUUCUUCAAUGUUUAGCCACAAACUAUGGCGUAGCCAGCCCGACGAUUUGGUCCCGCUAUGCAAAUUUCAACUCAUUCAUUUCUUUACAAAUUGAUUGUGUUGAUAGUUUAUAAACAUGGCAAUAUUUGCAUAGCGGACUUGGUGGGAAAAAUUUAAUAAGUACUGUUUAAUAAACGAGCAGGAGUGUUUUAUUAGGUUUAAAGCCACGAGCGCGCAGCGCGAGUGGCUUUAGCCCUAAUAAAACAUGACCUGCGAGUUUAUGAAACGGCUUCAAACACGACUACAAAUUCAAUAGAUAUACUGCCUUAUUAGUAUUCUUUAUAUAAAGAAUACUAAUUAGGAGUGUUUUAUUAUGUUCAAAGCCACUGCACGAGACAUAUUAUGGUAGACAUGAUUUGCCAAUAAGCUUAUGAAUUAUUAAUGAGUGUUUGAAAGUAUAUUUAGCAAUCUUGAUAUUUAUUUUAAGGAAGCUGCGUUACUUCACGGCGCUCGAAUGCCCCCUGUUCCUGCCUUUGGUCUUGGACCACCUGGCCCACCUGGAUUUUUUAGUCCUGGCAUAAGUCCUAUUCACAACCUGCACCCAAGAAUGCCCAUGCCUCCCAUUGGAAGAGGACUACCUGUGCCUGGUGACUCGGUAAGUACCACAAUGUGGUGAGCUAAAUACUUUUGUUAUCAAUUAAAAGAAGGCAAGUGUUAAGUUUGAUUGUGAAAGCGAGCAGCUAAAUAGGUAAUCGAAGUCGCUAGUUGAGUGGUUUAUUAAUUUAAUAUUCUGGGCGGCAUAGCUAGAAUAUGAUAUAAAUGAUAUAUUUACAUGGUAUUUAUUUUGAUUCGAGCAAAAGUAUUCAGCGUAAUCUACUGUUUCCUACCCAUGAUUAGAUCUAUAUAUCCAACUGAUUAGAUCUAUAUACCCUGCACAUAACAGAACAGAACAGAACAGAACGAACAGAAUAUAUUACGGGAACCACUGAGUAUUGUCAUAAAAUACACAACAACAGUACCGAAUAUUCAAAGCAGUUAAGUGACAGUAAGCUCAAUGGAAGACCGAUACUUCACGUGAUGCUUUGAUGCCAUGAUAAACUUCCGGUUCUUGUUUUCGUAUGGCGAGAAAUUCUUUGAACAAGACGCCUGCUCAGGCGUUCACACUGGUCUUCGCGGCUGGUAAAAUACCAUCGCAAUAUUCUAAAAAAAAAAUUUGAAAUAUAUAGAUGUACCUCAUUUCUUGACGGCCGUCACUUCAUGAUCGCAAACAUUCAGAAGUACGGCACAAUAAAAAUCCAUACAAAACCAAUAGAGUUAAGCGAUAUCAGCGAAAAACACAGAAAAAGUUCAAGCGCGCAAUGAAAUAUAAUAAAAUACGUCCUACAAUUACAGCGUCUAAGAUUUGUAACGUAGUUAAAUACGAAGCUUGUUCUGGUUAACAUUGUGUAGAACUGGUCCUAACUCCAAUCCUAAUCCAUGUCGUAAUCAUCUGAACAUGUUUUAGCUAAAUUGGGAAAUCCGGAGCCCACGAUGCUGCAAUGGAAAGUCACACUUGCGGACAACCAAAAAAACCCUGAAAAGACCAAGGCCAUUUUAUGACACUGGCUGCGGCCAGUGUAAUAAUAAUACAGACCAAUGUUUAGUCUUCUCCAGGAUGGAAGAGUUGUUUAAAAGAAAUUGCGUCAUGUCGAAUGAGUCGUUUGUGUUACGUUUUCCGGUUCUAGACUUUCUAUAUCGAGUUGGAGUAGAUUUGUGAGAUAACUAAUAUGUUCGCAGGUGUUGAUGUGUUUGUAAAUCACAGAUUUGUGUAAAGUGGCAUGUUCGUUUAGUCUUGUGUCUGUCUUUCCUAAAUAGGAGUUAGAGCACCCAGGGAAAGAUAAUUUUACACAAUAGAACACUGGAAUUUCUUAGCCUAAAACAACUGGUUGUCAAUGUAAUAUUACAUGGACUGCUUAGAAGCCGUGACAAUUUCGUUCUGAAGUUUCGUAUUAAGGCUCCGUUUACACUAUACCGGAUUACUUUUCACUCUAAAGUGAAAAAAAAGGUGUUUACACUAUGCCGUUUCGCUCUUGUUGCCAGCUUAUGUCUUUCACUGUCGCCAUGGAAAUAAGAGAAACAUUUUUUGCCAAUAUACUAAAAUUCAUUAAAAACAAGAAGUAAUAUACGUGUUCUUUGUAUAGUAUAACUUUGUGUAAAAAACUUGACCACCAGACGUUGCUUCGUUUCGCUCUAAUCCAAAAUUGACGAAUAUUUGUUUAAAUUUUGCUCUUUCGAAAGGGAAAAGUCAAUGUUAUUAUCGUUGUCUUUGUCUUCGCCAGUAAUAGUAACUGGUUGUAAGGCGAAACAAACAACAGCUAUAAAGUAUUGUAAAAGCGAGCGAAUAAAGGCGACAAUGUUAAAACAUACACGCCAAAACCGAAGCGUACUUGGAUUGGCCUGUUUACACUGCUCCGGCAUACACCGGAUUACUUUUUGCUGGCGAGGCAGCUCCCUAUUCUUGAUGUUACAUGACGUUCUUGCUCUUUCAUGCCCAGUUCCCGGCCGAGUUAUAUUGGGGUAACAGUACUAAAUCCAUGUCAGUUUUUGGGAUGUAAAGAUUAUUCGGAGAUUGUCGUCAGCUCGAGCACUCGACGACUCUUUGUUUUUAUCGAUUUUGAUUUGAUUUAUUUUGUAUUGCGCUCGCAUGAUUUCUCAGAAUUUCUGUUACGAGCUUAUUUACAUGCAGUAUGUUGGAUUUUCACGAUGCAAACACCAGCAAUAUUUUGAAUAAUUCAGCUAAGGAUAGCUUUAUUUCUUUCUGGUGAUAUACAUGAAGGCAUUUAUAUUUAGAUCUGUUGUUUAUUGUUCGAUAUAGAGGUAAUACUUCUAUAAACAAUAUAGUCUGUGUGUUGUGACCUCGAAAAGUGCCCAGAAAAGAUUUUCAUUAAGCAUGUCUUAGAUCUGUAAUAUUUUUACGGGAACAAAUAGGCCGUUUGCUGUGACCUCGAAAAGUGCCUAGAAAACGAUAUUCAUUUCACCUGUCUUGGAACUGAAAUAUUUUUACAGGGUUCGUGGCGGUCUUUGAAAUUCUUGAAACUCUUUAAAUUUGAAUGCAGGUCUUUGAAAAGUCUUUGAAUUGUGUGAAAAAGCGAAGAAAGUCUUUAAAAGUCUUUAAAUUCUCCAGUGAGGAAUUGAUUAUACGAUUUCCUGGCUAAUAAAAUAGAUUGAUUGAAGCAAGAUUUUCGCAAAUAUCGACGAAAAGGCGCAUUUUUUUAGGAUGUGAUUUGACGGGACUAAUUACCCGGGUAAAAGUGGUGCUUACACUCGCAAUUUUUCGACAGCUGAUUAAAACUGGAACUAACACUUUCGAACACGCUGAGUUCAAAUCCGAAAAAUUCUUGCUCUAUAGACCUGCAGUUUUCUCACAAACUGCAAUUUUAUCUUCACUAAUUUCACGCUCUUUUGUUAAAAGGAAGACUGGUUAAUAGAAAUUGGUAUUUUUGAGUGUCAUAAUCGUUUGUGGUCAUCGAUCCGUGUCGUUGAACAAUGAAAAAAGUUGUCGUGAAAAUAGUGAAGAUAAAAUUGCAGUUUGUGAGAAAACUGCAGAUCUACGGAGCGGGAACUUUUCGGAUUUGAACUCAGCGUGUUCGAAAGUGUUAGUUACAAGACAUGGGAAAUGAAAGUGAAUGAUGUUGGGACGCAGCAAACAGCCUAUUCUGAAACUUUCUGUAGCAUGUAAAGAAUGCGAUUUCUCUUAAACAACUAGUUCUUCUAUCCUGGACAAGGCUAAACACUUGUAUGUAUUAUUAUUCAAUGAAGCUCGCCAUACGAAUACAGGAACCGGAACUUAAUCAUGCAUGCCAUCAAAACAUAUAUAAGACAGUGUUAUACAUCUAAUUUAAUCCAUUCCUGAAGAUGACUAAAAUAUAGUUGAAGCGUAGAAAAUAAAAAUACUUUCAAUAUUCGGAGUUAUUGUUGUUGUGUAUUUUAUAGCAGAAUAACAGACAUGCAUAUUAACAGAAUAAGUAAGAAUAACAGACAUAUUAACAGAAUAAGUAAGAAUACUCUCAAUACAAUUAUAGUCACCGAAUGUACAAAAGUUAGUUUUCACUUUUUUAUAUCUAUUAUGGGAAUUGUUUCUAGGUCGAACUGUAUUUAUAUCCAUCUUAGAAUAUCAAUAUCUGGUGGCUAAGAUAGACGUUCUGAUACUUUGAUACGUGUCACAUGAAACAAGUAAAUUGUUGAGCUGUCACAGUAACAGUAGCAUAGCCAGCCCGCCGAUUUAGUCCCGUUAUAUGCAAUUAGUAUAAUUACAUAGGUGAUUAUUGAAAAUUCUCCACGCUGAUUGGUUAUCGUUGAGGUGAUUAUUACGCGAUAAUCACCUAAGCGAUUUUCAAAAUGGCGGCCGAAGCCGUUUUGUCAAUUAAAAGACGAAUAAAUGUGCAUUUUUAAAUUUUUUCCCAAAUAAUCACCUAUGAAAUUAUACUAAAACAAUUAUUCACCUCAGGCUCGGUGAUUAUCGUGAAUAAAAACCUCGACUUCGUCUCGGUUUUUAUUCACCGAUAAUCACCUCGCCUUCGGCGAAUAAUUGUUAAAUAUUUUCUUGUUCAUUGACUGUGAAAACAAUCAAUUUCUAAAGAAAUGAAUAAUGAUAAUCAUUUGAAAUUUGCGUAGCGUGACCAAAUCGUUAGUAUUGUUAUUGAAGAAUAACAGUUAUUAUUGUCUAGGCAAUAUUCGGUAGUCCUUAUUCUAAGAGGGUGUCAUGAUGGUUCCGUAACCAUUAAAUUAUAGGAUCAGUAUAAUUUGUUUUGGUCUGUGGCGAACGCCAUAUUAAAUUUAGUGAACAUACCUACAUGUAGGGCUAUUUUAAAUUUUGAACAUAAAUAUUCGUGUGCCGUUUUGGUAAAUUGCCAACCACGUACCCAGGUCUUUCCUCUUUGCGAGGGGAGAAAAGACCCUGGUAGGCGCUGGUCAUGUGAUCUGCUAAAAUCUAGCAGAUUUUUAAUUAGCAAUCCAAGAUGAGGUCAAUUAAUAUUUGAUAUUUGGAUGAUUUUUAUAGUUUGGUUUUUUUUUUGCAUUUUGUAUGAUUGUCGUGAAGGAAUUCAAGCUAGUUAAUUAGAUAUCUGCCAGAUUUUAGCAGAUUACCAUUCUCGUACCCAGAAGCGUUCUUACACACGGUGCGACGAGGGGCUCUGGCCAAAUCCAAAACCGGAUACCAUAAACACAUGGUAAAAGAACAUAUCCGGUAUUAGAACAACCUUCGUUGUAGCCAAUCAGAUGCCAGUUUGAUAUGGAUUUGGCCAGAGCCCCUCGUCGCGCUCCGUUGACCGCGCGUAAGAAGGGCUCGGUACGAGAAUGGCAGAUUACGUGACCAGCGUCUACCAGGGUCUUUUUUCCCCAAGAGGAAAGACCCUGCGUACGAGGUUGGUAAAUUGCAAGGCUAGCAAGAACUUUGUGUUUUGCAUAUCCAUGAAUCACUAAGUGACCUGUGUAAUUUUAUACAGUAUUCGGAUAUAUUUUCAUUACAUACAGCAAACAUAGAUUGCAUUUGACACAAUCUUGUACUGACUUGUAUAGUGUUCAAUAAGUCGAUUCUCACGGCGGUCUCAUGACACCUAUUCGUUCGAUUCUCACUGCGGACUCAUGAAACCAAUGUUGGCAGUGUUGGUUGGGAUAAGCCCAUAGAUAUCUUAUAUACACUAGAUAGUGCAUCUAAUUAUUCUGCAAUUCAAAAAUUGAAGCCGUGAUUGCAGUCUCAGGUCGUUCCCAUGAAAUGAGAAGAUUCGUAUGUUUUCUAUUUCUUAAACAGGGAACUUAAACAUUAAGUUAACGCUAUUCCAAAUACAUUUUUAAACUAUUCAAAUGAUGAAAGUUAUUGUUGUUUUUAAGCGUUUAUUAGCUUGUGGGAACGACCAACAUGGCCGCCAUGUAUUCAAAUGGGGGUAACCGCUGGAAUAUUCUUGGCUUCAAUUUUACUAAAAGAGUUGCGCUAUCUAGUGUAUAUAAGAUAUCUAUGGAUAAGCCCCAACCGAACCCUUCCAUCGUAGCUGUGCCCUGGAUCCUUUAAUCAGCUUGCAACUCAACGACACGUCAAGCUGCGUCCUUCGUAAUUCAGUUCUAAACUGCAAAUAAGGUUAUGAUUAGUAGCACAUCCUCACUUACUCAGCUUGCUUGCUGGCUUGGUGAAGUGCAUGGUGUAAGUGAGAAGUCAUAGGGUUGAGGUUAUGUUAAUUUUUGGUGUAUGAGCAAAUAAUAAUUAUUUACCAUACUGUAGCUGCUUUAUUUAUUUGUUAGGUAUGUACAUACGAUUUGUCACUACUUGCCCUGGGGAUUGGGUGAAAUAUUUGUAAUCCUGAUAAGAGUACUGCAUUCACAAAUUGAUUGAUUUAAUUUAACCAUUAAUUUAUCCGAUGUAGAAUUAAAGAAUUAUGUGUGGAUGGUAUAAUAUACAUAAAUGUAGAAGUUUAUUUAUUUAUUAUAAAAUAUAAACAACGAUUGGAAAUCCACAAAAAACCGAUGCCAAUCACCUCGGAUUCAUUCAUUACUGUUUUGCGAUGGACAUCAUAGUAGAGAAUAUUAUACAGUACCUUAGAAUCAGUUCUUGUUUAAUUGAAUUUUUUCUUUCUAUUUGUUGCCGGAUUUUUAAAUAUAGAGGCACCAUGGAAUGAUGGGAUAUGACUUAGAUGGUGACCGUGGACGUGAUCGUAGGCCAAUGGAUCGAGGUGAUCGUUCACGUGCAGGCCCGCGAUAUAAUGAUCAUAAGUCACACGAUCGCUACUGAGAUGGGGAGAAUAGAUAAUCUUGACUGAACAAUAACAGAUUUGCUUUAAAUGUGCUUGUUGUAUACAAUAAGAUUGUUGCAUUUUUUAUGAAGACUUGAUAGUCGAAGUUGUUGCUGUUUUUAAAGAAUUUGCGCUUUUGCAAAAUGGCUCUGAAACUUGUGAAUUGACAAAUAGAGGAGCCUGUAUAGCCGAUAUGAAGACAAGUUUCAAAUUUGUAGCUGGUGGAAAUUAUUUCGCCGAGGUCAAGUUCUUCUAGAAACAAUUUUUUUCGAUUUUUAUGAUAGUAUAACACUAUUUGUGGGAUUGAACUUUACUUAUAAGAUAGUGUUUAAUUAAAGUGACAUGAUUCUUAAUUAUUGAUGUGCUCAACAUAUUUGAUGUUUUACAUAGGUAUUAUAUUACAGCAUGGAGAUUAUAAAGUUAAUUUUUAGUAGACGUGAUUGACUGUAAGAAUGUUUUUGCUGUGAUAUUUUGAGGAAUCAUAGCUGCCUUAGUGUGAAGGGUUGAGGUAAAAUCGCAUAAUUGCAUUGUAAAGUUAAACAUGUUUUGUUAGUUUUAUAUUUUUAUUGAAUACUUUUAAAAACGAAGAGAUUUCUCAUCCUGCAAACAACCAAGCUAUAAUAUGAGAGCAUAGCUACUGAAUGCAGCAGCGCAGAUGUUAAAAUUGUAUUUGCUAGGAAUUUGGAUCUGAGCAGUAUUACUUGAUUGAACAAAAUUUAUAUUUAUGAAAUAUAUGCAGAGCAUACUUUCAUUGGAGAAUGUGAUUAUGAUAUAUUUAUAUAUUAGAUAGCUAUUUACAUAUUACUAUGAAUCGAAUUAAACCCAGGUGGCUUAUUUCUUUCAGGGUUGUUUGAGGGCAGGGAGAGUUGUGG